AUGCCAGUUGUCAAAGGUGGAGUUUGGACUAAUAUCGAAGAUGAAAUUCUAAAAGCAAGUGUUUCGAAAUAUGGAUUGAAUCAAUGGGCUCGAGUUUCCUCACUUCUCGCAAGAAAGACACCGAAGCAAUGUAAAGCAAGAUGGAGCGAAUGGUUAGAUCCAGGUAUUCGCAAAAUAGAAUGGAGCAAGGAAGAGGACGAAAAAUUGUUACACUUGGCGAAGUUAAUGCCAACACAAUGGCGAACUAUUGCUCCUAUUGUCGGACGAACAGCGACCCAAUGCCUUGAAAGGUAUCAGAAAUUACUCGAUGAAGCGGAACAGAAAGAGGCUGGAGAGUUUGGUCUUGGUGGACCAGAUGGCGGAGAAAACAAAGCACCAUCUGCGGAUGAUGUACGCAGAUUGCGACCUGGGGAAGUCGAUCCAGAUCCAGAAUCGAAACCUGCGAGGCCAGAUACUGUUGAUUUAGAUGAGGAUGAAAAAGAAAUGUUAAGUGAAGCUCGCGCCCGUUUAGCAAAUACACAGGGUAAGAAGGCGAAGAGGAAGGCUCGUGAACGUCAAUUGGAAGAGACGAGAAGGUUGGCCGUUCUGCAGAAGCGCAGAGAGCUUAAGAAUGCUGGCAUCAAUAUCAAAGUGGUUAAUCGGAAGAAGGGAAUGAUGGAUUACAACGCCGAUAUUCCUUUCGAAAAAGCCCCCGCUCCUGGAUUUUACGAUACAGGCGACGAAUCUAUACAGAACGAGAAGCAAAGAGCAGCUUUUGAUCCACGAAAACAGCAACUUGCGAUUAAGCGCAAAGGAGACCAAGAUGAUAACCAGGAUCCAAAACGACAAAAGAAUGAUAAAAACGCCCCAUCGGCAUCAUACCAAGCGGCCAUGAAAGCCGGGCAGAUGCAAAAAAUUCGGGAAGCAGAACAGAGUAGUAAGAGACGGGCGCUGGUACUACCAGCACCUCAGGUUGGUGAGGGGGAACUCGAGGAAAUUGUAAAGAUGGGUAUGAUAGGGGAGAGGGCGAACAUUGUGGCGAGGUCGAGCGAGAGCGAUGCAACAAGAGGGCUUGUGAAUACAUAUUCGACUAUAAACAGUGGAGCACCAAUUCGAACACCGCGAGCCCCAGCACAAGAGGACCAUAUCGCCAACGAAAUACGAAAUAUCAGAGCUCUGACCGAGACACAAUCAUCACUUCUAGGAGGAGAGAAUACACCUUUGCACGAAGGAUCUGGUAGCACAGGAUUCGGUGGCGUUACGCCUCGAAGGCAUCAAAUGGAAACACCUAAUCCUAUGGCAACCCCAUUUCGUGCAAAUGGAAUCGGUGCAACUCCCGCAAGAAACGUCGUAGGAGCUACACCAAUGCGAACUCCUCGAGAUAGUUUUGCACUGAACGCAGACGGUGAGAUGGAGUUGGUUGGGAGAACACCUCAAGAUUUAAAAAUCAGAGACAUGACCCUUAAAAAUUCCCUGAAAGCUGGUCUUGCAUCUCUACCAAAGCCAAAAGAUACCGAGUGGGAAUUAGAAUUACCGGAAGAGCAGCAAGAAAAUUUUAGUGUUCAAGAACUAUCCGAGGAAGACGCAGAGCUUAGGGAUAGAAGGAACCGACAAAUUCGAGAAGCUCGAGAACAACUAGAAUUUAAAAGACGAACACAAGUUUUACAAAGAGGGCUACCAAGGCCAUCAGUUAUCGAUAUCAACGCAUUAAUGAAAACUGUGGAGAACGUUGAAGAUACAAUUGAAGGUUCUAUUGAAAGAGAAGCAGCUUUAUUGAUCGCGAAUGAUGCCCUUACGUACCCCACACCUGGAGCCAAAGUGAGGGGCACCCCGAAGGCCAUUGAAGUGUUUGAGGAUGAUGAUCUUUCACAAGCACGAUUGCAGUUGUUGAUGGAAGUUCCCAAGGACUUGGUAGAGCAAGGAUCAGAUGCUUUUAGAGCGGCAUGGGACGAAGCUCAUAAAUCAUCGUUAUUACCUGGAUUAAGUGGAUACGAUUCUGAUGAUGAGAUUGAUGAGCAUCAGGUGCUUCUAGAUGCUUUUGACAACGUCCAAGAAUCUAUCGUUGCUGCUGCUGAGAAGGGCAACAAAUCCGAAAAGAAACUCGCCCUUCAUUUAGGCGGUUACCAACAAAGAGCUAAAACUUUACGCCAAAAAAUUGGCGAAGCAGCUGACGCUUUGUCUAAAGCUAGUUAUUCCUUAGAUGCAUUCAAAACUUUACAGAUCUCAGAAGAUGUAGCGAUCUCGAGGAGAUUGGAAGAUUUGAGGGAGAGAGUGGGCUUUGUUUCCAAGCGUGAGAGAGAAGCUCAAGAACUAUAUAGAGAAAGAAAAGAGGAGUUGACAAAUUUGACGGAUGGGGUAAACGGUUUUCAUUGA